UAGAAUAUGUCCAUGGUCUGCCGGAACCAUUUCCUGGUGGGACGUGCUCCCGGAAGUUGGUGUGACGCGCUUCCGGUAGUUGUCAAGCGGCAUCACGACAUCAUCACCUGCGAUGACUUUCGAGUGGCCGUGGCAGUACAAUUUCCCACCUUUUUUCACGCUUCAACCCAAUGUGGACACCAGACAGAAGCAGCUAGCAGCGUGGUGCUCCAUGGCGCUAUCCUACUGCCGCCACCACAAGCUGUACACGCUCGACCUCAUGGAGGCGCAGGACAGCCCCGUCUUCCACAACCGCAAGAUACAACGGAAACUGUCAACGGAAGCCAUCCAGGUGGUGUUUGAGGAGCUGAGGAAGAAAGGGAACCUGGAGUGGCUGGACAAGAACAAGUCCAGGUGCUUGGUGAUGUGGAGGCGACCCGAGGAGUGGGGCAAGAUCAUGUAUCAGUGGGUGUCCAAGAACGGGAUGACCAACUCCGUGUUCACACUUUACGAGCUGGCCAACGGCGAGGACACCGAGGGCGAAGAGUUCCACGGCCUGGAGGAGUGGAUGCUGCUGCGCUCGCUGCAGGCCCUGCAGACGGACGGCAAGGCCGAGAUCAUCAGCAUGGACGACGGCAAAGGGGUGAAAUUCUUCUGAACCUCGGGAGGAGAGAUGGACAACUUGUCACGCCGCCGCUGUUGUGGUCGUCGCCUGCUGCUGGGUCCAAGCCUUUUUUUCAAAAGAAAGGAGCCAUAUUUUAGUGUCUUGUCAGCUGUAACUAUUCUUUUUCACCAUUGUGUCCAGCAGGGCAGGGAAGUCCCAGCGCUGGCCACCAGGGGGCGGAAACACACUGAGGCUUGAACUGGGUCCCCAGUUUAUUAUUAUUAUUAUUAAUAAUAAUA